CUAGGCUCUAGCUGUGCGCUGCAUAUUGUUAUUUAUGUAUUUAAGUUGAUUUUUGUAUUAAAAAAUUAUAUAAUUAAUAUGCUGCGCACUGUUAUCUGCGAUUUAGCUCGCCUACGGCUGAGUGGCAGCGCCAGCCCGGCCGCCGUUUUGGUUACACAAGUGCGCGAAAAGGGACAUCUAAGCCGGCCACGCUUGAGGAAUCCGUAUUGGUUUAUACGCAAGGAGCGCACGCGAACGGACGAUCUGGUCACGGGCGAGAAUCGCAGCUUUAUCAAGGAGGUGGUGCAUGAUACGUACGGCAAACCGGCUCUCAUCAAGGGCAUACAGACCUACGAACAGAAGCAACUGAUCAAGACGCCCGUGGCGCCCACAGACAUCGAGCCGUGGACGCCGGCCGUGCGUCGCUGCGGUCUCAUUGCCCGCAAGAUUGGCCAAUAUCCACUGUGGCUAAAGAAUGGCGAACGUGUGCGCACCACACUCUUGCAGGUGGUGGACAAUCAUGUGGUCAAAUAUAUACCGCCCGGCGAAUAUACGCCCGCACAGCGACCCAGCGUCAAGCAUUUGGAUAGAUACGGCUGCGUGCUGGUCGGCGCGGAGAGCACAAAUCCGGCGCUGUUGACCAAAGAGUAUUGCGGCAUCUUUCGGGACUCGGGCGUUAUGCCCACAAAGAAUUUGGCGCGUUUCAUAGUCUCACCGCAGGCGGCUCUGGCGCCAGGCACACCACUAAAUGUCGGCCACUUUCGGGUGGGCGAAUUCGUCGAUGUGCGCGGCAAGACCGUGGAUCAUGGCUUCCAGGGCGUGGUCAAGCGGCACGGCUUCAAGGGCAUGCCGGCAUCACAUGGCGUGACCAAGACGCAUCGCCGUCCCGGCAACAUUGGCGGCGGCGGUGAGAAGGGUCGCGUCUGGCCGGGCACCAAGAUGCCCGGUCAUAUGGGCAAUCGCUGGCGCAUUAUCAAGGGCCUGCGCAUUUGGCGCAUCAACACCAAGUACAAUGUGAUGUGGGUGCAGGGCAGCGCUGUGCCCGGCUCCACAAACGGUCUGGUCUACAUCUACGACACAGUUCUGCCUUUGCGCAAGCCCAAGGAUUCGCCGCCAUUUCCCACGCUCUACGAAACGGAGGACGAUGCGCCGGAGGACAUCUGGUAUGAUCAGGUGCACAACUUCAAGGAUGAGACCAUCACCUACAAGCCAGAGUAAUCAGUGCCGCCUAGCCAUAAGCUCGUUUUACACACUUUUUGUUGUACUAUAUGUAUAGAACUUUGAAAAUACCCUAGAUAAACAAAACAAAUGAAACGAAGUUCG